GGAAGCGGCCAACAAAACCAGAAGAAGAAGAAGAAGAAGAAGCAGCCGAAGAAGAGCAUGGGUAGUGAGUUAUGUGACUAUGUUGGUUACAUGACUAGUAAUUUCAUAAUAAUUUAGUAAGAAGACAGAUUUAUCCGCGAGACUAAGAUCAUGGUGCUACCAGUAAUAAGACUUGCCUUGUGUCGCUGUCAAACUGCGGGGAGAAAUUUACAGCAGAUACAGCGAACCCCUUUGCGACAGUGGCUGCUGAAGAGAGGACAGACCUCAGUGACCACAGCAGGUGGACAUGCGUCAGUCAGGACGGCGUCGAUCCCCAACGCGGCGAGCGAUCGAGUGCUGGGCCGCUGGCUGGUGGGCUGCAGCGGGCUGGUGCUGGGCGCCGUGGUCCUCGGAGGGGUUACCAGAUUGACGGAGUCUGGUCUGUCUAUGGUAGACUGGCAUUUAGUGAAAGAGAUGAAGCCGCCGCAGACUGAAGCGGAGUGGGAAGAUGAGUUCUCCAAGUACAAACAGUUCCCAGAGUUCAAAAUCAUGAAUCACGACAUGACUCUGACAGAGUUUAAGUUCAUCUUCUACAUGGAGUGGGGUCACCGCAUGUGGGGUCGGCUGGUUGGAUUAGCUUACAUUCUUCCCACAGUGUAUUUCUGGAAACGAGGAUACUUCAGCCGCUCCAUGAAGCCUCGUGUUUUGGGUCUGUGUGGCUUUGUCGUCUUCCAGGGUCUUCUGGGAUGGUACAUGGUGAAGAGUGGUCUGGAGGAGAAAACUGAAUCGUACGACAUUCCCCGUGUCAGUCAGUACAGGCUGGCGGCUCAUCUGGGCUCCGCUCUGCUGCUGUACUGCUCCAGUCUCUGGACGGGACUCACUCUCAUGCUGCCUGCCAACAGGAUUCCUGACAGCAGGAAUUUGCUGCAGUUAAGGAGGUUUGCCAAGGUUACGGGCGGUCUGGUCUUCCUCACAGCUCUCUCUGGCGCUUUUGUUGCGGGAUUGGAUGCGGGUUUGGUUUAUAACUCCUUCCCAAAGAUGGGCGAGCGUUGGAUCCCUGAUGAUCUUCUGGCUUUUUCCCCAGCCAUCAAGAACGUGUUUGAAAAUCCCACCACGGUUCAGUUUGACCAUCGUAUUCUGGGCAUCGGCUCACUGACAGCCAUCACAGGACUCUACCUGUUCUCCAGGCGGGUCCAUCUACCCAGACGGGCCAAGAUCGCGAUUGGCUGUCUCACAGCCAUGGCCUAUACACAAGUGGUUUUGGGCAUUAGUACUCUGCUGCUCUAUGUUCCCACCCCGCUGGCAGCCACACAUCAGUCCGGAUCAGUGGCACUGCUCACCUUCGCCAUCUGGGUCUUGGCUGAGCUGCGAAAGGUGGUCAAGUAAAGUGUAUUCAAAGUCCAUGCUAUAAUAAGGUAUAUGUUAAUAAAUCAUGCUUUAGGCACGUGAGCUACAUCUUUUUUUUUUUUUUUUUUAAAGUGUGGGUUUAUAUGAAGUGCUUAUAGACUGAAAUUUUUAAACCUGUGUGAAUAUGUUUGAUUUAUGCAAAAAAGGUGUUUUUACUGUAUGACUGCUUAUUUAAAAUCAUUAAAAUUAUCAUCUGUGUUUUCUGUUGAUUUAAUGAGGACAUUUAUCCAGAGUAAGUAAUUUUCAUAUAUAAUGUAUAUUAUACGUACAUGCAGAGCUGGGUAGUAGCUGAAUACAUGUAGAUUCCAAAAAUUAAGUACUUGUAAUUAGAGUAAGUUACAUUUUAAAAUACUCGUAAUCAGACUACAGUUACUUUUUUUUUAUUGAUUACAUGAUUACAUAUUAUUCACACAAUUGCAAUAAAUUGUUCAUCAUUUAUUGA